CGGCCCGACGGGAUCCUUCGAGAAGUGCCCCCGCCCGGGCAGGCCCCGCUGCCGCCGCCGCGCAUUUAACCGCGCCGAGCCCCGCCGCUGCCUCGCAGGCGCCGCCUCCUCUUCGAGCCGCAGCCAUGUCCGUGGUGGGCAUCGAUCUGGGUUUCCAGAGCUGCUAUGUGGCCGUGGCCCGUGCCGGCGGCAUCGAGACCAUCGCCAACGAGUACAGCGACCGCAGCACGCCGUCAUGUAUAUCGUUUGGACCCAAGAACCGCUCUAUUGGUGCUGCAGCUAAAAGCCAGGUUAUUUCAAAUGCAAAGAAUACAGUACAAAGUUUUAAAAGAUUUCAUGGUCGUGCAUUCUCAGAUCCCUUUGUUCAAGCUGAAAAAGCAAGCCUUGCCUAUGAACUUGUCCAGCUGCCAACAGGCUCAACUGGCAUCAAGGCCAUGUAUAUGGAAGAAGAAAGAAACUUUACUAUUGAACAGGUGACAGGGAUGCUUCUUACCAAGCUAAAAGAGACCGCUGAGAAUGCGCUCAAGAAGCCUGUAGUUGACUGUGUUGUUUCUGUUCCUUCUUUCUACACAGAUGCAGAAAGGAGAUCUGUGAUGGAUGCUACACAGAUCGCUGGUCUCAACUGUCUGAGACUGAUAAAUGAAACAACUGCAGUUGCCCUGGCAUACGGGAUCUAUAAGCAAGACCUGCCUGCCUUGGAAGAGAAGCCACGGAAUGUUGUUUUUGUGGAUAUGGGGCAUUCUGCAUAUCAAGUUUCUGUUUGUGCAUUCAACAAAGGAAAGCUGAAAGUUCUCGCUACAGCAUUUGACACAACACUUGGAGGCAGGAAGUUUGACGAGAUGUUAGUUGAAUACUUCUGUGAAGAAUUUGGCAAGAAAUACAAACUGGACAUCAAGUCCAAGAUCCGGGCACUGCUGAGGCUGUCCCAGGAGUGUGAGAAGCUAAAAAAGCUGAUGAGUGCAAAUGCCUCCGACCUCCCAAUGAAUAUAGAGUGCUUCAUGAAUGACAUAGAUGUCUCUGGAACAAUGAACAGAAGCAAAUUUUUAGAGAUGUGUGAAGGGCUGCUUGCAAGAGUAGAGCCACCCCUUCGAAGUGUGCUGGAGCAAGCCAAGUUAAAGAAGGAGGAUAUUUAUGCAGUAGAGAUAGUUGGUGGUACCACAAGGAUCCCCGCUGUAAAAGAGAAGAUCAGUAAAUUUUUUGGCAAAGAAGUCAGUACAACUUUGAAUGCAGAUGAGGCUGUGGCACGAGGUUGUGCACUGCAGUGUGCUAUUUUAUCCCCAGCUUUCAAAGUGAGAGAAUUCUCUAUCACAGAUUUGAUACCAUAUCCUAUUUCUUUACGAUGGAAUUCACCAGCAGAGGAAGGGUUAAGUGAUUGUGAGGUCUUUCCCAAGAACCAUGCUUCCCCAUUUUCUAAGGUCCUCACCUUCUACAGAAAGGAGCCAUUUACUCUGGAGGCAUACUACAGUUGUCCCAAGGAGCUGCCUUACCCAGAUCCUGCUAUAGCUCACUUCUUGGUUCAGAAGGUCACUCCUCAAACAGAUGGAUCCAGUUCAAAAGUGAAAGUCAAAGUCAGAGUAAAUAUCCACGGUAUCUUCAGUGUCUCAAGUGCAUCUUUAGUGGAGGUUCAUAAAUCUGAUGAGAAUGAAGAGCCGAUGGAAACAGACCAGCAUGCAAAAGAGGAAGAGAAGAUGCAGAUAGAUCAGGAAGAGCAGCAGAAAACUGAAGAACAACAGCAGGCCCAACCUGAAAAUAAGGCUGAGUCUGAAGAAAUGGAGACUACUCAGGCUGACUUGAAAGACAAGAAAGUGGAUCAACCACCUCAAGCCAAGAAGGCUAAAGUAAAGACAACCACUGUGGACCUCCCCAUUGAGAACCAGUUGGUGUGGCAGAUAGGGAAGGAUAUGCUGAACUUGUUCAUUGAGAAUGAGGGUAAAAUGAUAAUGCAGGAUAAACUAGAGAAGGAGAGGAAUGAUGCCAAGAAUGCUGUGGAAGAAUAUGUGUAUGAUAUGAGAGACAAACUCUGCGGUAUUUAUGAGAAGUUUGUUAGUGAAGAUGAUAGAAAUAGUUUCACACUGAAGCUAGAGGAUACAGAAAAUUGGCUUUAUGAAGAUGGUGAAGACCAACCCAAGCAAAUUUACAUUGACAAGUUGGGGGAAUUAAAGGCUCUGGGUCAACCUAUUCAGGCAAGAUACCAAGAAUCAGAGGAAAGGCCAAAAGCAUUUGAGGAAUUAGGGAAGCACAUUCAGCAGUACAUGAAAACUGUUCUUGCAUUCAGAGCAAAGGAUGAACAGUAUGAUCACCUGGAUGAAGCAGAUGUGGCAAAAGUAGAGAAGAGCACGAAUGAAGCUACAGAGUGGAUGAACAACCACCUUAAUCUCCAGAACAAGAGAAGUCUUACACUGGACCCAGUGAUAAAAGCUAAGGACAUACAAGCCAAGAUUAAAGAAUUGACAAGUAUUUGCAAUCCUAUUGUCCGAAAACCCAAACCCAAAGUUGAGCUCCCAAAGGAGGAGCAGAAGCCACCUGAACCCAAUGGACCUGUGGAUGGGCAGGGUGAAGGCAACACUGCGGCCCCCACCGCUGAGCAGAGCGCUGCUCCCCCCCCCACUGCUGAGAAGAAGCUUCCAGAGAUGGACAUUGACUGAGUUUCAGCACCUGUUUAUAUUAUGGCGAACUACAAUAAAGCUUUAAGUUGUCAACUUUGUAUGUUCUGAAUACAGAGUGAAGCAAGUGCAUACCACAGCGCUAGUAGGAACUCCUGGAGAGGUUUGGUCAGUGCGUCGACUGUGACGCUCAGUGCCUCACUCAGAUAAGCAGCAUUUCUUGCCUUUAUGGUUGUAUUUAGAAGUGUUGGUAUUCUUACUAGACCUUUAGGAGCAGCCCUAAGCUCAUGUCUAUUUGUAGUGUUCAUGGUGAGUUGGCCUUGAUGUAGAGGGGGGAGAUGGCAGCACUGUUCUAGGAUCCUACCUGCAGGCACCUGUGGUUCUCUCUUCACUUCCCCUCACUGGUGGCACAGUGGCACUUAGGGCCAUGUCCCCUGGUGUGGGAGCUGCUGGGGUUUGGGGGAAGCUCCCACCAGAGGCAGAGCCUUUCCGUCACUUGCCCUCAUCUAACCCUUGCUGUAGUGUUAACACUGCUCCAGCUGAUUCGUGCAUGCUCCAACAGUGCCUGGUUACAUGAGGUUGCAAGGCAGGGGCUGGUACCAUCAUGUUAAUGGGUCCCCUCACAUCGUGGAUCUGCAUCCCUGGCACACACUCAGAGGAGCAGCUCCUGUGGAUCCCUGAAUGUCCUCCUAGACAGGGUGUGUGUACCUGGCCACUUCCCCCUGAUCAGACCAUGUAAGCUUGUCUCUAACAAAAUUAGCUGCUUGUAGAGUGAAUACUUCUAUUCCUGCUGCCUGCAUUGAGCGUUGACUCUGACUUGCUCCUAAGUCUUCCAGGGAAUAUGCUUGCUUCCAUGGGGAUAUGCUUGCUUCCAUGAGGCCUUCAGUUGGAAUGCUUGGGGUUUGGUUUGGCUUUUUUUUCCCAGGAAAAGGAAGACCUGACACCUUUUGGCUUUUUUUUUCUCAAUUAUUAUUAUGAUCUUUGUGCAAUGAUUUGCUUCUAGUACUGAUUGUCAAUAAUCUUGCAAACAUUCAUUUGUAUCUGUUAAAAUCCAAACCUGGAACACCCAUUCAGAUACUGCAAGAAAUAAAUGCACUGGAUUCUACCCCA